CAUUCUAGCUUCGCGUCGCGUUUGGAAUUGCGUGAAUUGAACUUUAAGAGAACUGUGGAAAUCAAUUGGAAAACAAAACACAACAAAAUGAAUCACCUGAAGUGGAUGGGUCACUCGACCACGCUAAUGGAUAUACAGCGGUCACUGCGCAACGACAACAAGACCUGCGAAGUGGUCCUGGCCUCCAGGGACGGCACCCGGGUGCGUGCCCACCUCUUCGUGCUGAGCACAUGCAGCGAUCUGAUGCGUAACAUCCUGGUGGACGUGCCGCCGGGCCAGGAGGCCACCAUCAUUCUGCCAGACAUACGGGGUGACCUGCUCGAGAGCAUGAUGUCGUUCAUCUACAUGGGCGAGACAAGCCUGUCAUCUGCCUCACUCUCCGAGUUCCUUGAGGCCAUCAACCUACUUGGCAUCAAGUCGGCAAUAAGUUUCGAGUGCAACCCAACGGUAAGUUCGCCCAGUGCCGAUCCAGACAACGGAUCGCUGGCCGUUGAAACGGCCAAGUCAAUAUCUGGUCUGCAGAUUGCCCAGGCCGAGCUGCUGGAUGAGGGGGAGGAGGAAGAUGGCGAGCAGCCAAUGGUUGCCGUGCCGGCCACUGUCUUGGCCGAGCCCAGCCGCCCGCUGGAGUACCUAGACGUGUAUGAUGCACCGAAGAUCACUUAUUCCAUCGAACACAUGGACGGCAACACAAACGGCAGCCAGUUCAUUCUUACCGAGAACACAGGCACUUUCACCAUCACCCAGUCCACAACCAGUUUGCCGAAGAUGGAGCCCCAGGGUAACGCGCAGGAGAACGCGGAGUUGGUGGACGAGGAAGGGGAGGAGGACAUACCCGAUGAGCCCGAAGAGCAGGACACACAGAUAAUGGAAGAGGAUUACGCUCCAUCCGAUCCGCUGGUUGAGCUAAACACUGCCGCCGAAAUGGAUGACGACGACAACUUGCACGAGGAUCUGGUGGACGAGGAGGAUGUUAUGGACAUAAAGCCACGCAAGUUGGGCGGCGGAGGAAAGCCGCGUAUACGACGUCCGCACAAUCCGAAGGCCGUCAAGCGACUGCCAGCUAAGCCCCAUCGACAAGAACAGUAUGGAUCGCUUAAGCGCGAGGUAAAGGAUGAUAUCAACGACGCCUUGGACCUCGCAGCGGACGCUGUGAUCAUAGAGGGGCUUAGCCUCCAGAAGGCCGCGGAUCGGUUCGACAUCUCCAAGACGGUUCUGUGGCGUCGCGUCCGCACCAACCCCGCCUAUAUGCGCAGCAAUCGCGAAAGACCAUCACUUCUGGAGGCUUACGAGCGCCUGAAGAACGGCGACUCGUUGAAGAACAUUAGCCAGGAUCUCCGCAUACCCAUGUCCACGCUGCACCGCCACAAGGUGCGUCUGUCGGCCCAGGGCCGCCUGCCGAACUUUGUGUCCUGCCGCCGACGGGACACGACACCAAAGGACGAGCUGCGCGACAAGCUGGCCAAGGCGGUCCAUGCAUGCGUCAACGAGGGCAUGUCGCAGAACCACGCAGCCAACCUUUUCGAGAUCCCUAAGAGCACGCUCUGGCGCCACCUGCAACGACGGAUGUCGAACGAGGACCGAAAGGUUAAGAAGGAACUACAGGACGAGUACGAUGACAUACUAAAUUAGGAGGAGAAAUCCGCCACCGAUUCUCUGAUAAGAUAAACCCCAUUAGGAGCUAUAGGUUAAGCGUUCGAUUGUCUGCGUUCCCCUAUCAAUGUUCAUCUUCUCCACAAAAAACGGCUCGAUUUAGUUUAACCUUUAACUAAACCAAUAUGGCAUUAAGCUACGAUAGUAGUUAUUUAGAAAUAGCUCUAAUUGUAGAUACCAUUAGCAGGAACAUAUAUUAAGCACGUAUGUCUCAUUAUUGUUCGCAACUUCAUAAUUUGUAAAUUAUAAAUAAAGCCAAACUAAGUUAUUC